AUGUAAAAUCAAAUCGUUCAUGAAAGUAUUUCUGAAAUGAAGAAAUACGCAAAGGCGUUACAAGGAAACAAAAAUUAUGUUGCUAAAAAGACUGCAGAAGACCCUGAAUACUUUAGAAAACUUUCACAAGGGUAAAAUCCCAAAUAUUUAUUGAUUGGUUGCUCAGACUCUAGAGCUCCACCUAAUGAGAUUACAGAAACUGACCCUGGAGAAAUUUUUAUUCAUCGUAAUAUUGCUAAUGUAGUUGUUCCCACAGACUUAAAUAUCAAUUGUGUAAUUCAAUAUGCCAUCGAGCAUUUAAAAGUUCACAAUAUUGUAAUUAUGGGACAUACCUUUUGUGGAGGUGUUAAGGCAGCUAUGAAAUAAGAUUCUGUUGGAGGAUUGUUAGAUUUAUGGCUGAAUAACUUGAAAUUGGUUUAUGAAAAACACCAAGAACUCAUCAACUAAUUAGAAGACGAAGACGAUAGAGUUGCAUGUCUAGCUCAUAUGAAUGUGAGAGAAUAAGUACUUAAUGUAUGGAAAAAUCCAAUUGUCUAAAAAUCUUGGCAGGAUGGACAUCCCGUCAUGGUUCAUGGAUGGUUAUUUAGAGUAGAAACAGGUUUUAUUGAAGAAUUAGAAAUCGAAGAAAGUAUCCCAACUAAUCUAUCGAAGGUUUUUUAAUUGAAUUUCAAACCUACCUAAACACAUAAACCUAAGCAAUAAAAAGAUGAUAAUGAAGAAGAGAGAUCUAGAUCUCCUUCAAUUAGAAAGAGAUUCUAAAGGAUGCAGAGUAGAUUAGAAACUGAAAUUAAAAGAUUAACAAUCACACUUUAAGAUCCUAAUUAAGAGGUUGAAAAGGAUGUCAUUGACUAAGUUUCAGAAGUAUUGUAAAAGGAUCUUGGAAUUUAAAACUGAGGAUCAUUGAGUUAUGGAAUAAUAUAGAUUAUACAUUCUAUUUAUUUAUUAAUAUUUACAAUAUAAAUCUCAAUUAAUUAAACAA